AUGUAUGAUCUGGUUAUGUGUCGUGUCCUGCGUCUGAAGAUGUUUCGCGAGGACCACGGCUCUUGGAUGACCAUGUUUUUCAGCACGAUACUCUCGCUUUUCAUCUUCUCUCACAUCUAUAACCUCAUUCUGCUCGUGAGUGGACGGAUGCAGCCUCACACGGUGACGGAGUACAUGGGCAUCAGGAACGAGAGCUUCAUGAAGAUGGCUGCAGUAGGAACAUGGAUGGGUGAUUUUGUGACCGCGUGGAUGGUGAGACUCAAACCAGAACCGGACUUCAGUAAGUUUUAUCAUGUGACACUGAAGACUGGAGGAAUGAUGCUGCUGUUGGUGUUUGUCAGGAUGGUGCUGAUCUCUCUGACCUCUGUGGUGGUUCUGGUCAUCAGGACGGACUGGAUCAGGUGGGAUAACCUGAACCGCGGCUUCCUGCCGAGCGACGAGCUCUCCAGAGCGUUCCUGACCUCCUUCAUCCUGGUCUUUGACCUCCUCAUCAUCAUGCAGGACUGGGAGUUUCCUCAGUUCAUGGGCGAUCUGGACAUGAACCUCCCGGGCCUUUCCACCACGCAGCUGAAGAUCAAACUUCCCGUGUGCAAGCGCAUCUUUAAAGACGAGUAUCACAUUCACAUCACGGGGAAAUGGUUUAAUUACGGAAUUAUCUUCCUGGUCCUCAUCCUGGACCUCAACAUGUGGAAGAACCAGAUCUUCUACAAGCCCUAUGAAUACGGUCAAUACGUAGGUCCAGGAGAGAAGAUCUACACCGUGGAGGAUGCGGAGACGCUGCACAACUUCAACCGCAGCACGCUGAGCUGGGAGUGGCGCUCCACCAACACUGACCCCCUCACCAACCGGACGUUCGUCCAGAGAGACAUGUUCCUUCACAGCCGCUACGUGGGCGUUAGUCUGGACGUCAAAUGCCUCGCGUUCAUCCCAAGUCUGGCGGCCUUUGUGCUCAUCGGGUUCUUCAUCUGGCUGUUCGGACGCUUCCAAGACAGUGAGACGUUCCCUGAGAACCAAGACAAGAGCUACGAGCGCAUCAAGCGGAAGUCUGCGUCUGAUCUGGGAGUCACGCCGGAGGAAGUGCACAUCACCAUGAGCGAGGCCUUGAAGAGGAACAGGACGCCCAUGCUGCUCCUGGUGGACACUCAUCAUUUCGGGUCAUCGAACAGCUCCAUGUCACCAUGUACGAACGAGACCCAGGAGACCCAACCCAGUGUAGCCUUCGACAGCGGCGCUCAUGAGGUCACAGCUGAUGUCAAAAAGCUGACCCCGUGACCGUAGCCAAAGGUCAAACUCACUUCCAAAGUUGCUCAGCGUUUGACGUCCUCGGAAAACCAUCACAGACUCUCCCUUGAAAGUUCCAUUUUUAUAUCAAGCGAUCUUGCACUGCGCACCAACUUUCUGAACAACUUCCACGUUCCUCACGGACAUUGGUCUAUGGUGCUAGAUGUUUGAUUAUUCGAUGUCUUUUUCUAUGUAGAUACUCUUGUGCCUACAUGGAUGAAAUGCUGUCCUCACAGUGAACGCAUAGCAUGAUGGUCAUGAAAAUACUCGUAAUGAACACCUAAAGCUGUGCCUUUAUUAAAAAAAAAAAAAC